AUGAAUUUAGUCAAUGUUGCGAAACAUCUUCUACAUUUGGCUGAAACUAAUUUUGGCUCUGCAAAUGCUGUAACAAAUUCCGAUGAGAUGUUUGCUUCUCAACAAUUAUUCGAAGUUCUAAAGACUUAUAAAAACAGUUACUUUAGUGAAUUUUGUACUUAUGAAACUCUUGAAUUCAAUGAUGAAUAUGAUAACAUGACUGAUGAGGAAGAAAGUAAUGAUGAUGAAGAUGAUGAUUAUGUCAAGAAUCAGUAUAUGGAUAUUAGUAGUAAUUUUACGAUGGAGGACAUGGAAAAUAUUAUUGAAUGGAUCGAUGAACAUUCGAAUUAUAGCUUUUCAACGAUUCAACAUCGAUUUCGAAAAAUCAAAUCAAUGAAGGACAUUACAAGGUUUAGACAAUAUAUCGAACAAAAUGGAACAAGAUCUGAAAAACUGAAAAAAAUCAAAGAAUUUAUGUUUAAUGAAUUUUAUAUAAAAAGAGCAAUAGAAAAAGAAGUAGUUCACGAUACUGACUUACAACUUUUUGCACUUCAAAAAGCAAAACAAUUAGGCUGGGAUAGUUUUAAAGCUAGUGCAACAUUUAUCAAGUCGUUUAAGAAGAAUAAUCGAAUAUCAUCAAGACGAUACACCAAGCUUAUUACUCGAAGUGCAUCAAACAGAAAAGUUUGCAGCAUGAACGGUAUGGAGAUUUAUUUAAUGUCUAAAUAA